GAGAACAGCGCCGACUGUCGUGAUGCCGUGAGCGGGAGGACGAGCCGCCGAGAGCCGCUGUUGUUAUGGAGAAACUUUAAUGCCUCUUAAUGCCUCAGAAAACAACUGAAAGACACGAUGAACCAACAUCAAUAUUUGGAUUGAGUUCAUUCGGAGAAACAGAUAUUUCCGCCACGGUCUAAUAAUGAACGGUUGACAAGAAGAUGAUGAGAUUUCAUUUUCUGUCAUCGGCGUGUGAAUCAGAUCUGGAGUUUGACGGCUAGCUGUGAUUGGAGAAGCGUCGGUGGAUCGUGAGUAAAGUGAAUCAUAUGGCUGAACAUGCGGAGCUGCUCGCUGAAAUGAACACAGUCGGCCGUCUCUCAGCCACCGAGCGCCUGAAACAUGCACAGAAGAGACGCACACAACAGCUCAAAGACUGGGCUCAGAUUGAGAAGAACAGCGCUCACAACACCGCUCAGAAGAGAGAUGGAAGAAAACGGAAGGUGACUUUCCCCACUAACAUCACAUUACUGGAGGCUGCAGCCAGAAAUGAUCGAGAUGAAGUGCGAGAGCUGCUGAAUAAUGGAGUCAGUCCAGAUCUGGUCAAUGAAGACGGACUCACAGCGCUACAUCAGUGUUGUAUAGAUGAUUUUGUGGAUGUGGCGCGUUGUCUUCUGGAUGCGGGUGCAAAUGUCAACGCGUGUGACAGCGAGCUGUGGACUCCACUACAUGCAGCAGCCACCUGCGGUCACACAAACCUCGUACAGUUACUGCUGGACACGGGUGCUGAUCUGUUGGCGGUGAAUGCAGAUGGGAAUAUGGCGUAUGAUCUGUGUGAGGACGAGGCGACACUAGAACUCAUUGAGAUGGUGAUGGCUGAGCAGGGAAUCACUCAGGAGCGGAUCGAUGAAUGUCGCGGAGCUAAAGAGAGCGAGAUGCUGCGAGACCUGCGUGAGGUGCUGGAGAGCGCUGGAGAUCUGAGCCUGAGAGACGAGCAGGGCGCGAGUCUGCUGCACAUAGCUGCUGCUAAUGGAUACGUGUCUGUGGGUGAACUGCUGCUGGAGAAUAAAGUCUCUCCUGAUGACAGAGACAAUGACGGCUGGACGCCGCUCCACGCUGCCGCCUGCUGGGGACAGAUUCAGAUGGUUGAGCUCCUGGUGGCCAAUGGUGCGAGUUUAAACGCCAGGUCUGAUCUGGAUGAGACUCCUCUGGAUGUUUGUGGUGAUGAGGAGGUCAGGGCUAAAAUGAUGGAGUUAAAACAGAAACACGACGCCAUCAUGAAAGGUCAGGAGAAACACAAGAGCGCUCUACAGAGACGAGUGUCCAGCGCCGGCAGCAGAGGUAAAGUGGUGAGACGCAGCAGCGUGAAUGAGCGCAGCAGUCUGUACCGCAGAGAACAUCAGAAAGAAGCCAUGGUGUGGCAGGAGAGACAGACGGAUGCUCUGGAUGAUGAUGAAGACAGACAGACGGAUGCAGAACUCAACGCUGCACUGGUGUCUGGUCUUCAUUCACCUGCCAUCUCUUCAUCACAGGCAGCUGAAGUGCAGAAUGGAGCUCAGGACUCGGUGUUGGGCAACGGCAGCGUGCUAGCGUUAUCUUCUCUUCCGGGAGAGGGCCAGAGCGGAGGCCGCAGGGACCGCAGCGCCUCCUAUCAGCUCACCUCUGACGAAGACAGUAUGAGCAGAGAGAGAUCUCACCACACGCUCGCCGAUCUCAAACGACAGAGAGCCGCGGCUAAACUGCAGAAACACCCCGCUCCUCCGUUACCUGUGUCCGCUGACCCCCGGGACAAUGAGCCCAUCACAGAAGAGUCUCCUGUGUCAGAACAGCGGGACGCGAGCGCUCCUGAUGCCGUGUACUUUACCCCAUCUAGUGGAGAUCCACCGCUGCUGAAGCUGAGAGCGCCGGAGGAGGAGGACACGAGCCACACCAAAGAGCCGUGCUGUGGACUCAUGUAGAGUCUCCCUCAGAAUAUCAGGCAGGAAUGUGAACGUCACAUCUGAACUCAAAAGAGUCCAUGUUUUCAACACUUCAUAUCGAUGUUAGCAUGAUGGACAGACGUCCGCACAGCUUCUGAUGACCACAAAUAUACAGAAAUAAACUGAAGACAGUAAUAAUAUAUAUUUGUAUUAGAUUCUUAGCGAUCACACACGUGCAAUAUUUCACACGCGGUACUGUUCAUUCCUUCUGUUGAAUGAGGUGAUUUAUGAAUGAAGUGAAACUGUCCAGAUGUUCAGAGAUGGUGUGUUGAUCAUCAUCUGGUGUAAACGCAGAUCUUUACCUGAAUCACAAUCAGACACUUCAUCUUUCAAAAAGAAUCAAGGGUUUUGUGCCGUGAAUGUGGUGCCGAUCACAAAAUAUAUAGAACAAACAUUUCACAGAAGAACGAAACAUUUGGAUUAAAAGAACAUGAUGGGGAUUUUUAAUGAUCAUUUCUAUCAAAUAUUUUUACAUGAAAUAAUUAUUCAAUAUGAAAGUUGAGUCGAGUUUAACAUUGUGAUAUCACAGUUGAAGUCUGCUCACUAAAAAUACGAGUUGAGUUUAUAAAGGGCUGUUGUGUAGAAAUGUCUUACAUAACCAAGAAAACAUUUGUUACAGUUGAACAGUCGCAGUGAUCACAUCACACCAAACUCUCUCUUCUGCUCAAACAUCAAUGUUCAUUAUGCCUCUCAAUAACUACGUAUAUAUUCAACAUUCUGACCAUGUACUGACUGAGAUGCAGAUGAAUCACGUCCAAGAAGCGUCUUCAUUGUUUGAUUGAUGUUACCGUUUCAUUUAUGGUUUAAAUUAUUAUUUGCGUUUAUUCUCUCCUAUGAUAUCAAUGUUAGCUGAAUCAGUUUGUGAUUCAUAAAAUUCAUUUCAAAAUCUCUGAUGUUAUUUAAACAGUUGAUGAAUGUGGUGAAUUGAUUGAUAUUGCACUUAAACUAUUUUAAUAUGUGCAGUAUUUACUUCAUCAUUGUUCAUGAGGUUAGAUAACAAAAACAGUUCUUAUUUUUGUAGGAAAUCUAUUGAGCUUCUAUAAUGUUUCUAAAAAACAAUGGUCUGUAAAAAUGUUUAAAAGAAUACAUUUUAUUGAUUUUUGACUUUUUGUACUGAAUGAACUUUAAAGUUUUGCGUGACAGUUGCUGUCUCUUCCCUGUGUUUCCUCUGAUUAAUAAACCUUCUGUAAAUAAAUACAUGAACGCUUGUCCUUGAUGAGCAAAAUAAAACAUGUACAAACACACAACAUAUAAAGAACACAACAACUGUUUACUGCAUCUGUCUACAUACAGUAAUAUACAGGCAUUGUACUGAAGCCACUUAAAAGACCUGAAGAAGUGCUGAACUUGAUACGAGUCACAAUUAAACUGA